CUUAGGUCACAAUAGCGUCGCCAUUUUUGCAGCUCUUUGUGCGCCUCCGUCUGCUAAAUUUCCCCCUGUUUUUAGCACGUUUUACGUCGACUUUUGAUUCACAUCUGUUGACAAAAUAUGCAAGGAUACAGAGGCCACCAACAGAACCAUGGACCCAACCGUUCGGGGAACCAACAAAAGGGCGAAGGGCCUAACAGCAACGGGCAGCAGCCGGAGCAAAGGGACAAGACAAACCCCAACGCGGCCUUAACGCUGGACAUGCAGAGCUUCAGGAAGCCUGGAGAGAAAACCUUCACCCAGAGGAGCAGGCUGUUCGUGGGAAACCUGCCCACCGGAAUCACCGAGGAUGACCUGGCUCAGCUGUUUUCUAAGUACGGCAGCGCCAGUGAGAUCUUCGUGAACAAGGAGAGAGGUUUCGGCUUCAUCCGACUGGAGAACAGGAUCAUCGCGGAGAUCGCCAGAGCGGAGCUGGAUGAUUUCUCAUUCAGAGGCAGACCUAUCCGGGUGAGGUUCGCCACACACGGCGCCUCUUUGUCCGUGAAAAAUCUGCCCGAAUUUGUGUCCAACGAGCUCCUGGAGGAGGCCUUUUCCGUCUUCGGCCAGAUAGAGAGAGCUGUAGUGAUUGUGGAUGACCGAGGGAGGCCCACAGGGAAAGGCAUCGUUGAGUUCACCGGGAAGCCAGCAGCCAGAAAAGCUUUGGAUAAAUGCAAUGAUAGCGCCUACCUCCUCACAGCUUUCCCCCGGCCAAUCACCGUGGAGCCCAUGGAGCAGUUCGACGAGGACGAGGGGCUGCCGGAGAAGCUGGUCAACAAGAACCAGCAGUAUCACAAGGAGCGAGAGCAGCCUCCCCGGUUCGCCCAGCCUGGAUCGUUUGAAUACGAAUACGCCAUGCGCUGGAAGGCCCUGAUGGAGAUGGAGAAACAGCAGUACGACAUGGUGGACCGCAACAUGAAGGAGGCGCAGGAGAAGCUGGAGUCCGAGAUGGAGGCAGCCAGACACGAGCACCAGGUGAUGCUGAUGAGGCAGGACCUGCUGAGGAGACAAGAGGAGCUGCGCAGGAUGGAGGAGCUCCACAACCAGGAGGUGCAGAAGAGGAAGCAGGCUGAGCUGCGACAGGAGGAGGAGCGCCGGAGGAGAGAGGAGGAGAUGAGGCUGCGCAACGAGGAGCUGAUGAAGAGGCAGCAGGAGGGCUUCAGAGGAGGCUUCUCUGACAACAGGGAGCAGGAGAUGAGGAUGCACAUGGGAGGUCACGGCAUGCCCAUGAACAGAAAUUCCCUGGGUGGGAGUUCAGGAGCUGCAGGUGCUGCUGGCAUGGCUGCUGAGAGUUCUCCUUUGAUGGCUGGGCCAGGGGGCAGCAGCCUGCCUGUGGGGGGCCAGGGUGGCUUCCCUAGAGGGAUGCCUGUGCCUGGGCCUGGAGACUAUAACAAGCAGCGCAGAUUUUGAAUUGCAUGUCUGUAUUUUGUUUCCACAUUUUCAGCUCACUGUAUGUUAAGGUUUAAGGCAAUGGAUAUGACCCUUAAACUUUUAAAACCCUUUGUUUAUUUGUACUUUUGGUAUUUUUGAGUACUAAUGCGUCGUUCCAAAUGAGCCAUGUAUUUUACUUCUUUUUUGUUAGGAAUAGAUAAUUUGGAUUUGUUUGAGUCUAUGUUACAUUUUCUGUAAUAAAUUCAUCAUUCCCUUGAAAAAAAAAUGAAGUGUAUCAGUUCAGGAUAGAGGUUAGCACCGGUCAGGCUGCGGAUACGCUUGGUGAUGUCUGCUGACAAAAUCAAACAUACGAGGAAGAAAACUGUACUGCACAUUUUUGGAUGCCGCGUAGUUUUAAAUCCAACAGAAACUGAAUUAUCAUUGUUAAGCGCAUCAUUCACAUUUAAUGCAUUAAAACAAAUGUCCCUGUAGUUUAUUUGAUUUGUUAUUAAAUGCAAAAAAUGUGUCUAAAAGCUGCAGGUUUAAAAGUGUGAAUUCUUGAUGCAUCAAAUAUCAAUUUGUUUCUUAUCUUUGACAAGCGUAAGUAGUGAAUAUUAGGUAAUUGUGGAUGAUUGGGGAUUUUCUACAUAAAAUAUCUCAUGGGCCAGUCUGGGAGUCUGGUGAUUUAACUUUUAAUAAUGGUAUUAAAAAAUAAAAGAAAUGCAAAUUG